AUGCUGUCUCAUACAGGUACUACUGGUACUGGUAGCCAUGGGACUGGUACAUUGCGUCAACGUCGUAGUAAAAGUCCCGUAUCCAACCGAAAACACAACAGUCCAAACAAUAAUAAUGGAGCCGAAGCAGAGCCACUGAUUCUUCAUCCAGAUGCAGCAUCUUCUCAAAUAAUAAUAAAAGACAAACAACCCGCAAAAAGUCGAUGGAUGCUGUUUCUCAUCUUGGCAGCAGUCACACUCGCACCCUUUGGAGGGGCAUUUCUCUAUGGAGUUGUUGUCUAUUUGGGAUUCUACAAUCCAGAUCCACACUGUCCGGCCAAGAAAAUUGACUAUCCAUGGUGUUCCCACAGCUUUUUACACGCCCGCGUUUUGCCUCCUCCACUCACGUCACAAGAAUGGAUACAACUUCGAACCAUAUACCAACAAUCUAUAGCUACUGCUGGUUCUAGUGGUCGCAGCAGUUUGGCUCCUGAAUGGGACACUCCCGAUGCUACGGGGUUUCUACUACCCUUUACAGCAAGUCUGGAAAUUCAAAACUCGCUGGCCAAAGGACGUGGACUCUUUGCCACGGCAGUCAUUCCCAAGGGAACCCAAAUUUGGGACAGUCGGUAUCGAGCUGUCUUUCCCAAUGAAUGUGUGGGACGACUGUUUUUGAAUGCCCUAACAGACGAACAAAAAUGUGACGCCCUGUUUUGGGGAUACAUUAAUGAUUUUUAUGGCAAUGGCAUUCAGUACAUGCUCGAUUUGGAUGGACACGGAUAUAUCAAUCAUGACGGUGAUGACCCCAAUGCCAUUCAUCAUUUUGAGCACGAACUGGACACGGAUCGGUACAUGGUAUCCGCAUGGUCCUGGAUGGGUGGGCCCUUUCGAGCGGUAUUGCCAGAUACCAUAUGGAAGGCACGCAAUAUACCAGGUGCCUAUGGACUCUAUGCCAAACGCGAUAUUCAACCAGGAGAGGAGAUUACCUACGAUUAUCAAGAAAUCUAUCUACUGGGUUGGAUUGAUUGGUUCACCAUGUUUAUCUUACACAGUCUUCCACCCUAUAAGUGGAUGGUACUGUAG